GGAGCAUGGGCAAGGAGAGGGAUCGCAAGAGCGAAGAGCGCAAGGGCGAGCGGUCAUCGCGGGGCGAGGAUUCGAAGCGCGAGCGCGAUCGGGAUCGAGACCGCCACAAGGACAAGGUACGCAGCAGUAGGGAUCGAGAUCGAGAGCGCGAUCGCGAGAGGCAUCACCACAGGGACAGGGAGCAUCACAGGGAAAGAGAGCGGGACAGGGACAGGGAAAGGGAUCGGGACAGAGACAGGCAUCGCGAGCGCGAGAGAGAUAGGAGGAGCAGGGACCGUGAGAAGCGAGAGAGAAGUAAGCAAGAGGAGGAUGACGAGGAGAGGGAGAGGGAAGCGAAGAGGGCGAGAAAGGAAGAUGGUGGCGAUAGCAGUGGUGAAGGGAAGGGUGUGGAGGAGGAGGGCGGCGACGACAAGGAGGCCGAGCAGAAGAGAUUGGACGAGGAGAUGGAGAAGCGGAGGCGGAGAGUCCAGGAGUGGCAAGAGCAACGGCGGCAAAAGGAAGAUGAAGAAAGGGAGAGCAAAGGUAUUGCAGCUCAAGACGAGCAAGGCGAGGUCGCAAAUGGCAAGGCAUGGACGCUCGAAGGGGAUGAGUCUGACGAGGAGGUUGGAAAUGGUGAUGCGGCUGCUCGAGCUGAAGAGAGCCAAGCUAAGCAAGGUGGAGGAGUCGAGGAAGCUCCGAUGGAAGUUGUCCAGGAAGAGGAGGAGGAGGUGGAUCCUCUGGAUGCUUUCAUGAACACCAUGGUCAUUCCCGAGGUGAAGAAGCUCCAAGCGGCGCCGCCUUCUGUCGCUGGUGCUGGGGCUACCGCUCAAGAAUCUAAAGCCUCACAGCCUCCAAGCAUCUUGAAGAAGAAUCGAGGACCUCGAGGGGACUCGGAGUCCGAGGUGGAAGCCGGGGAUGACGACGACAGUGAUGCCGAGGAAGACGACGAGGACUUUAUAAAGCGGGUGAAGAAGACCAAAGCCGAGAAGCUGGCGGUGGUCGACCACACAAAGGUUCCUUACACUUCCUUCCGCAAGGACUUUUACAAGGAGGUGAAGGAGAUCCAGAGGAUGAGCAAGGAAGAUGUCACGGCAUACCGCAAGGAGCUGGAGCUCAAAGUCAAGGGGAAGGACGUCCCCAAGCCGAUCAAGACGUGGAACCAGACCGGCCUGAGCAGCAAGAUGCUGGACGUGAUAAAGAAGCUGGGCUUCGAGCGGCCCAUGCCGAUCCAAGCACAGGCACUUCCGAUCAUCAUGAACGGCCGGGACUGCAUUGGUAUCGCAAAGACAGGCUCCGGCAAGACGCUCGCCUUCGUUCUGCCGAUGCUGAGACACAUCAAAGACCAGCCGCCGCUUGCUCAGGGGGACGGUCCCAUCGGUCUCAUCAUGGCUCCGACGAGGGAGCUUGUGCAACAGAUAUACAGUGACAUAAAGAAAUUCACCAGAGUUAUUGGGCUUACCUGUGUCCCUGUCUAUGGCGGCUCUGGAGUCGCCCAGCAGAUUAGCGAGCUCAAGCGUGGUGCCGAGAUAGUAGUGUGCACACCGGGAAGAAUGAUCGAUAUACUGUGCACCAGCUCCGGGAAGAUCACAAACUUGAGACGGGUGACAUACUUGGUGAUGGACGAGGCCGACCGCAUGUUUGACAUGGGCUUUGAGCCGCAGAUAACCAGGAUCGUCCAGAACACGAGGCCGGACCGGCAGACGGUGCUCUUCUCCGCGACGUUUCCACGCCAGGUUGAGCUCCUGGCUCGUAAAGUCUUGGACAAGCCGGUGGAGAUCCAAGUUGGAGGACGCAGUGUGGUGAACAAGGACAUAACUCAGACGGUGGAGGUCCGUCCGGAGGAGGAUCGUUUCCUGCGGCUGCUCGAGCUCCUCGGCGAGUGGUACGAGAAAGGAAAGGUGCUGGUGUUCGUCCACUCGCAGGAGAAAUGCGACAGCCUCUUCAGGGACCUUCUCAAGGCCGGGUAUCCGUGCUUGUCUCUCCACGGUGCCAAGGACCAGACCGACCGGGAGUCGACGCUGUCCGACUUUAAGUCCAACGUUUGCAACCUUUUGGUGGCGACGAGCGUCGCAGCGAGAGGUUUGGACGUGAAGGAGCUGGAGCUGGUCGUCAACUAUGACGUUCCCAAUCACUACGAGGACUACGUCCACCGCGUGGGACGCACUGGACGGGCGGGCCGGAAGGGAUGUGCCGUGACUUUCAUCGCCCCCGACGAGGACAGAUACGCUCCCGACCUUGCCAAGGCGCUGGAGCUCUCGGAGCAGCCCAUCCCCGAGGACUUGAAGAGCCUGGCUGAUGGUUUCAUCGCAAAGGUGAACCAGGGGAGUGAGAAGGCUCACGGCAGUGGCUAUGGUGGCAGCGGCUUCAAGUUCAACGAGGAGGAGGACGAAGCUCUCAGGGCCGCGAAGAAAGCCCAGGCCAAGGAGUAUGGCUACGAGGAAGAGGAGGAGCCUGGCGAGACGGACGACGACAACGAGAUCCGGAAGACAGGAGUGGACAUGAUGCUGGCCUUCACAAACGCAGCCAAGGCCGUGAACUCUCAAGCCGCUGGAACCUCCGUCGCCGCCAUCCCGGUCCUGCCGAGCAUCACCAUCCCGGGGAUAGUCCCCGGCCAGCCGUCGGACUUCCGCGACAAGGCGAUCCAGGUGGUGAAGAACUUGCAGCACAACAUCCAGAAGAUCACGGCCGAGUCGCUCCAGGAGCGGUACGAGGCGGAGCUGGAGAUCAACGACUUUCCCCAGCACGCUCGCUGGAAAGUCACGCACAAGGAUGCGCUGGGACAGAUUAGCGAGUGGACUGGAGCCGCGAUCACGACUCGCGGGCAGUUCUUUCCACCGGGGAAGAUCCCAGGCCCCGGCGAGCGCAAGCUCUAUCUCUUCAUCGAAGGUGGAUCCGAGACCUCGGUUAAGAAGGCCAAGGGGGAGAUCAAGCGCAUCCUGGAGGAGUCUACGUCCAACAUGGUGUUGCAACCGGCUGUCCAACCUGGGAAGUACUCUGUCUUAUGAUUCAUACUCGACGCUUCUAAAGUUUGCUUCGUUUUUUCUUUUUUCUUUUCACGGUGGGCUUCUUUUUUUCUUGAAGGCUGGCAGGAUGCCAUAGGCUGGGAACUGCUUGUGAGACGCAUUUGUCUCUCUACUUACCAAUCACUUAUAAAGCUCACCUUUUUUUUAUUUACUUGCGUUUUUUUUGGUUACGUGUUUUAACCAGAGACUUUUGUGGCUUUCAGGGGGAGCUAUUCUCUUGGGAGCUUUGCAAGCACGAGAAGAUUUAUAUCAUCCAACAAUGGUGAUGGGAAAUGGUGAGUUUCAUUUCUUCUUGUUUUUAACAUUCUCACGCUCGUCUUUGUCGUCGUCGUCAUUCUCAUUGUCAUCUUCAUCUUCAUCAUCGUCUUCAUCAUCGUCAUCGUCGUCUUCAUCAUCUUCAUCGUCCUCAUUGUCUUCGUCAUGGAUCUCCACUUUAUGCUUCGGUGCUGCUGGCUUGCUCUUGUCCUUGUCCUUGUCCUUGUUCUUGCCGUUGUCAAUCCCGCUGGGAGGCGGGAGCUUGCAGCUC